ACGGAGAGGUGAUUGAUAUGCGAUGUUCUUCCGCCCAUUGGCUGUGUAGUUCCAAUUACCCUUGCAAUUGCUGUAAUCCCAAUUUCCUUCCCCAUAAGUGUUUCUCACUCUUGUUUCUUACAUUUGGUUCCCAAGACAUAGAGGUAACUGGAGAGAGAGAGGUCGGCGCAUGUUUUUGAGGAUUUUUAAUCCAUGUACCAUAAGCUUCCCCGAAUUCUUUCAGACCCUUUCUUCAGCUUUGUCUCAUCUCCUUCCUUUAACUCUUUCUUGUCUCCUAUCUAAUCAAUUCAGGCUCUAUUCUGAAUGCAAUUAUCUGUUUAAAGGUUAGUGAUUUAUUAUGCAAGUUUGAAGAUUUAAGGGAUUACAGACAAACCAACAAAGCCUGAGCUGUCAAACUUUGGUAACAACCAUUAAUUUUAUUCCCUGUAAUGCGUUUAUAGUUCAAGAUUAUAUCGGGGUUUUCGAUAUCUGUGAGUUCGGAUUAUUGUAUGUUUGGAAUUUUUAAUUAUAUGCGGUACAUGUAAUUUCGGUGGUAUUUGUGGAUUGGGAUGUUAGGGAACAAGUUUUUAUUUAUGGGAUAUUCUGUGUUAAUUGAUCUGGGUUUCAAGACUGGCUAAAGUUUAUGGUUGUUCUGCGGUCCUUUGCUGUUUAUAAGAGUUAGUUUUUUGGGCGGUUGUGUGAUUGAGAUAUGACUCGUAGGGUGCGGAGGAAAGUGGCGACUAAGGCAAAGGUGGCUUUGCCUUGUUAUCCUGAAGUUGAAAAUGAGGUUUUAGGUUCAGAGAGGAAUGGGGUUGUUGAUUGGACUAGCUUGCCUUAUGACUCAGUGAUUCAGCUUUUUUCGUCUCUUAAUUAUCGGGAUCGGGCAAGCUUGUCAUCAACAUGUAGGACAUGGAGGGGUCUCGGUGCUUCUCCAUGCUUGUGGAGUUCAUUAGAUAUUCGUGCACACAAAUUUGAUGCUGCCAUGGCAGGAACACUUGCUUCUAGGUGUGCAAGUCUUCAGAAGCUUAGGUUUCGCGGGGCAGAGUCUGCUGAUUCAAUAAUGUAUCUUCAAGCGAGGAAUUUGAAUGACAUAAGUGGCGACUACUGCAGAAAGGUAACAGAUGCCACUCUAUCUGUGAUUGUUGCUCGACACGAGGAACUUCAGAGUCUCCAACUUGGUCCAGACUUCUGUGAGAGGAUCACUGGAGAUGCUAUAAAAGCUAUAGCUUUUUGCUGUCCCAAAUUAAAGAAGCUUAGGUUGUCUGGAAUUAGGGAUGUUCAUGGUGAUGCCAUUAAUGCUUUGGCCAAGCAUUGUCCAGAUUUGGCUGAUGUAGGAUUUUUAGACUGUCUACAUGUGGAUGAGGGGGCAUUGGGAAAUGUGGUGUCAGUCCGUUUCCUCUCGGUUGCAGGAACAUCAAAUAUGAAGUGGGGUGUUGUUUCUCAUCUUUGGCAUAAGCUGCCAAAGCUGACUGGAUUGGAUGUUUCUAGAACCGAUAUUGGUCCAAGUGCUGUUUCCAGAUUAUUAUCUUCAACACAGAGCUUGAAGGUUUUGUGUGCUUUAAAUUGUUCAGUUCUUGAAGAGGAUGCAGGUUUUAGUUUGGGUAAGAGUAAAGGAAAAUUGUUACUUGCUCUUUUUACUGACAUUUUCAAGGGACUUGCUUCUUUAUUUGUCGAUUCUACAAAGAAUGGGAAAAAUGUGUUUUUAGAGUGGAGGAAUUCGAAAACCAAGGAUAGAAACAUGGAUGAUAUUGUGACUUGGCUUGAAUGGAUCUUAUCCCAUACACUUCUACGUAUCGCCGAGAGCAAUCCACAAGGUAUGGAUGAAUUCUGGCUCAAGCAGGGUGCAGCAUUGUUACUCAGCUUAAUGCAGAGCUCACAAGAGGAUGUUCAAGAAAGGGCAGCCACCGGGCUUGCAACUUUUGUUGUCAUUGACGAUGACAAUGCUAGCAUAGAUUGUGGGAGGGCUGAAGCUGUAAUGAGAGAUGGUGGGAUACACCUCCUUCUGGACCUUGCAAAAUCUUGGCGGGAGGGUCUUCAGUCUGAGUCUGCAAAGGCUAUAGCAAACUUGUCUGUAAAUGCCAAUGUUGCAAAAGCUGUUGCGGAAGAAGGUGGAAUCAAUAUCCUUGCUGGGUUAGCAAAGUCAAUGAACAGGUUGGUUGCUGAAGAAGCUGCUGGAGGACUGUGGAAUCUUUCAGUUGGAGAAGAGCACAAGAGUGCCAUUGCUGAAGCUGGUGGAGUUAAAGCGUUAGUUGAUCUUAUAUUCAAAUGGUCUUCUGGUGGUGAUGGAGUUCUGGAACGUGCAGCUGGUGCAUUGGCCAAUUUGGCAGCUGAUGACAAGUGUAGUUUGGAGGUUGCAUUGGCAGGUGGUGUACGUGCUUUGGUGUUUCUUGCUCGUAAUUGCAAGUUCGAGGGAGUGCAAGAACAGGCUGCUCGUGCCUUGGCUAAUUUGGCUGCUCAUGGAGAUAGCAACAAUAACAAUGCCGCUGUUGGACUAGAAGCAGGUGCUCUUGAAGCCCUUGUUCAACUUACUCGUUCUCCUCAUGAAGGUGUCAGGCAAGAAGCUGCUGGUGCACUCUGGAAUUUAUCGUUUGAUGACAGAAAUCGAGAAUCAAUUGCAUCAGCUGGAGGUGUUGAGGCUUUGGUUGCUCUUGCGCAGUCGUGUUCAAAUGCCUCCCCGGGACUUCAAGAGAGAGCUGCUGGUGCUCUUUGGGGAUUGUCAGUCUCAGAAGCCAAUAGCAUUGCUAUUGGACGAGAGGGAGGUGUUCCACCUCUGAUUGCUCUUGCACGCUCUGAGGCUGAGGAUGUCCAUGAAACUGCAGCAGGAGCUCUGUGGAAUCUUGCUUUCAAUCCGGCUAAUGCACUUCGUAUUGUGGAGGAAGGGGGAGUCUCUGCCCUUGUUCAUCUAUGUUCAUCAUCAGUAUCAAAGAUGGCACGCUUCAUGGCUGCCUUGGCAUUGGCAUACAUGUUUGAUGGGAGAAUGGAUGAAUUUGCAUUAACAGGGAGUUCGUCAGAAGGCAAUUCAAAGAGUGUGAACUUACAUGAUGCUCGAAGUGCGGCAUUAAAGAAAAUUCAUGAUUUUGUCCGUACGUUUUCUGAUCGACAUACAUUUUCUACCACUACUGCAUCAUCGGCUCCAGCAGCAUUGGCACUAGUGACAGAAAGAGCUCGCAUACAAGAAGCAGGACAUUUAAGAUGCAGUGGAGCUGAAAUUGGAAGAUUUAUUAACAUGCUAAAAAAUCCUUGUACGACACUCAAGGCAUGUGCUGCAUUUGCUCUUCUACAGUUCACAAUUCCUGGUGGGCGACAUGCUAUGCACCAUGCGGGCCUCAUGCAAACUAUUGGAGCUCCUCGUACUCUUCGUACUGCUGCUGCAUCAGCAACUGCUCCAUUCGAAGUCAAAACCUUUUCUCGCAUUGUGCUGCGAAACCUUGAGCACCACCUAAAGGAACCUUCAAUAUAGAAAAUACUUGUUGAAACAACCAUUUCAUUCUGGAGUCCCUAGUGGAGGCGGAUCACAUAUGAAGCUGUGGAGCUUCCUUGCCCGGACCAGUGGAAUAAUGAGUCGUAAGCGACAUUUUUUCCUGUGAUAUUUUGUAAAAGAAUCAAACUACAUGACUGAGCAGUGCUGCAUAGUAUGAUUUUCUUCUUACCCUCUCCAUUUUAGACAUUUGGAAGGGUGGCCGAGUACGAUUUCAGAGUAGUUUUAUCCCCUCUCUGUAUUAAAGGGUCUUUCUAAGUUCUAACAGCCACAGAGGUUGUGUUUUUUUUUAUUGGAUUAAUUUGUGGUUGAGGACUUCUUCAUAAUAAUUAUAAGUGGAUGCUUGAGACUCUAAUCUUGCCUGACAACGAUUGAUGUUCCAGAAAGUUA